AUGGGUUCUCCAGCCUUUGCCUUGAACCCCACCGGGUAUAUGUCAAUUGACACAGUCGAACAUGCCCGUGCAGUUGUCACUCAGUGUAUCAAUGGAGAUCUACAGUUAGUUCCUCGCGGCCCAGACGAUCGAGAAGCUGCUCAAUUCUCGUGGCCGCCGAACGCAGUCUUUGUCUUUGAAGUUUCGGACCAAGUGUCUCGCCCACCCGCAUACUUUGACGAAUCCGAACCCGAAUUUUUCAUCAGAGAUAUCCCGGGUGACACUCGAGUUAAUCUCAGACAUAAAUCUAUAACAAUCGUGGAGAACGGUCGAAGAUAUUGUGUGGUUGUGAUUUUCAGCUCGCAGACCAUUACGAACCAUUAUGGGCAUCCUCGUUUGCAAAUGCUUUGGCCCACAGAGCUGAAACUAUCCGAAAUCCAUACACCAUCUCAAACAUGUGUAGCAGGGUUGGAGGCUGCUCUACAAGAUAUGAGAGAUUCGGGAGUGGAAUGA